UGUCGGCACGGCGACGGCUGACGUCCAUGCUUCUAAAAACAGCCCUGCUGCUGCUGCUGCUGCUGCUCCUUUGUUUAGCGCGGCGCUGAAGGCCUCCCUCCUCUUCCUGCUCUGCCCUCAUGGAGAGUCUGGAGAAGCAGCUCAUCUGUCCCAUCUGUCUGGAGAUGUUCACCAAGCCCGUGGUCAUCCUCCCCUGUCAGCACAACCUGUGCCGUAAGUGUGCCAACGACGUCUUCCAGGCAGCCAACCCCUACCUGUCCACCAGGAGCGGCUCCACGGUGACCUCAGGGGGGCGUUUCCGCUGCCCGUCCUGCAGACAUGAGGUGGUUCUGGACCGACACGGCGUGUACGGGCUGCAGAGGAACCUGCUGGUGGAGAACAUCAUCGACAUGUACAAACAAGGCAGCAGCAGCAAACCGGUUCCUGAGAAGAAGCAGGAGCAGCCCAUGUGUGAGGAGCACCAGGAUGAGAAGAUCAACAUCUACUGCAUCAGCUGCAGCGCCCCCACCUGUUCACUCUGCAAAGUGUUUGGAGCUCACAAAGACUGCCAGGUGGCGCCCCUCAGUGACGUGUUCAACAAGCAGAAGGCUGAGCUGACGGACUGCAUCUCCAUGCUGGUGGGGAACAACGAGAGGAUCCAGGCCAUCAUCAGCCAGCUGGAGGAGACCUGCAGAGCCGUGGAUGAGAACGGCCGGCGGCAGAAGUCAAAGGUGUGUGAGACAUUCGACCACCUGUUCACUCUGCUGGAGGAGAAGAAAGCCGAGAUGACGGUCAGGAUCAACAGCGAGCAGGAGGAGAAGCUGGACUACAUCCGCAGCCUGAACAGGAAGUAUGGAGAACAUCUGGAGGGAACGGCCAAGCUGGUGGAGACGGCCAUCCAGACCAUGGAGGAGCCAGAGAUGGCCGUUUUCCUUCAGACAGCCAAGCCUCUGCUGCAGAAACUGCUCACGUCCACAGACACGUCUCACCUGGACCAGGUCCAGCCCGGCUACGAGGACAUGGGCCACUUCACCGUGAACUUUGAGUUGCAGCGGCGGGCGCUGGCCGAGGUCGACUUCAUCAAAGCCGAUGAAGACGACGAUGACAGCGAGGAGGAGGUGGAGGCAGGAGGACCCAGACCGGGAUCCUCCGAGUCACAGCCACAAGCCACGCCGGUGCCGCCCCUAGCCACGCCUCUUCAGAGAGCCCCAGAUCCCCUCCCACCGCCACCACCCACUCAAGCCCCACCCCCACUGCCUCCCCCCACCACCAGCUCCGCCCCUCAGACGGAUCAGCAGAGCGAGUCGGACCCAGAUGGACCCAAACACGUCUUCUCCUUCAGCUGGCUCAACAACAAGUAGGAGAACCAGGAGGUUCCUGAGGAACCCUGGAGAGCCUGGAUCAGUCAGAACUGGACCUGCUGCUUUGUUUAGGUUAGAGGCAGCAGAACCAGAAGGUUCUGAAGAACUUCAGAGGAACCUGGGUCACCAUGUUGUUACAGUGAAAUAAAAGUUUUGUUAUGA